CUCCGCCUCUUGGCGCGGCCCGCGGGCUGACGGGGCGCCCCGUGUGCAGUGGCGCGGCCCGCGGGGAAGGCGCCGCGCAGCCCGGCCGAGCCGAGCGGAGCGGUGCGGUGCGGUGCGGUGCGGAGCGGCGGCGAUGCGGGUGUGCUGGUGGCGGCGGCGGCGGCCCGGCGCGGCGCGCGGCCUGUGAGGAGCGGCGGGGCCAUGGGGCCGCGGGCGGCGGCGGCGGCGGCGCUGGCGGUGGCCGUGGUGCUGGGGGCCUGGUGUGGACACGGCCGCGGCGACAUUUGCAAGAGCAUGGACAUCCGGAACAACCUGACCCGGCUGAAUAUGCUGGAGAACUGCACGGUGAUUGAAGGCCACUUGCAAAUAUUACUGAUGUUUAAAACCAAGCCUGAAGAUUUCCGUGAGCUCAGCUUUCCCAAACUGACUAUGAUUACAGACUACUUACUGCUUUUUCGGGUUUAUGGCCUAGAAAGUUUAAAGGGGCUUUUCCCCAACCUCACUGUGAUUCGAGGAACUCAUCUCUUCUUUAACUAUGCUCUGGUCAUAUUCGAGAUGGUUCACUUGAAAGAGAUAGGCCUUUAUAACCUGAUGAACAUUACUCGAGGCGCUGUGCGGAUUGAGAAGAACAAUGAACUGUGCUAUUUGUCCACUAUUGACUGGUCGAGGAUCUUGGACUCCGUGGAAGACAACUACAUCGUUGCUAACAAGGAUGAUAAAGAGGAGUGUGGAGAUGUGUGUCCAGGAACGGUGAAAGGAAAGAGCAACUGCCCACCUACUGUAAUAAACGGCAUCUUCAUCGAGCGGUGCUGGACCCACGAUCGCUGUCAGAGAGUUUGUCCUACCGCUUGCAAGUCUCAAGGCUGCACCUCGGACGGACGGUGCUGCCACCGCGAGUGCCUGGGUGACUGCGCCGAGCCCAACAGUCCUGAAAAGUGUGUGGCUUGUCGCAAUUUUUACCUCGACGGCACGUGUGUGGAGACCUGCCCGCCCGGCUACUACCGGUUCGAGGGCUGGCGCUGUGUGACCUUCAGCUUCUGCCAGGACCUGCACAACAAGUGCAAGAACGCCAGGGAGUCGGGGUGCCACGUCAUCCACAACAACGAGUGCGUGCGCGAGUGUCCCUCUGGGUACACCAUGAACUCCAGCAACCUGCACUGCACCCCCUGUGCGGGGCCCUGCCCCAAGGUGUGCGACUUUGGCAAGGAGAAGGCCAUCGAUUCGGUGACGUCGGCGCAGGAGCUCCGUGGCUGCACCAUCGUGAAUGGGAGCUUAGUCAUAAACAUCCGUGGGGGAAAUAACAUAGCAGCUGAGCUAGAAGCAAAUCUUGGCUUGGUUGAAGAAAUCUCAGGGUACCUAAAAAUUCGACGCUCCUAUGCCUUGGUUUCUCUCUCUUUCUUUCGUAAACUGCAUCUGAUUAAAGGGGAGACGCUAGAAGCUGGGAAUUACUCCUUCUACGCCCUGGACAAUCAGAACCUGCGCCAGCUCUGGGACUGGAGCAAGCACAACCUCACCAUUGCACGGGGGAAGCUCUUCUUCCACUACAACCCCAAACUGUGCUUAUCUGAAAUCCACAAAAUGGAGGAGAUCUCUGGGACUAAGGGACGUCAGGAGAGGAACGACAUAGCCCUGAAGACGAACGGCGACCAGGCCUCUUGUGAGAACGAGCUGCUGAAAUUCUCUUUCAUCAGAACGUCCCACGACAAGAUCUUGCUGAAGUGGGAGCCGUACUGGCCCCCUGACUUCCGUGAUCUCCUGGGAUUUAUGCUCUUCUACAAAGAAGCUCCCUAUCAGAACGUGACAGAAUUUGAUGGCCAAGACGCCUGCGGAUCCAACAGCUGGACAGUGCUCGAUGUUGACCCUCCCCCGCGGUCAAAUGAGCCGAAAACACAGGGCCACCCGGGCUGGCUGCUGCGUGGCCUGAAGCCCUGGACACAGUAUGCCGUGUUUGUGAAGACACUGGUCACCUUCUCAGACGAGAGGAGAACCUAUGGGGCCAAGAGUGAAAUUAUCUAUGUGCAGACAAAUGCCACAGUUCCCUCAGUCCCCUUAGAUCCAAUUUCGGUUUCCAACUCCUCGUCCCAGAUCAUUCUGAAGUGGAAGCCGCCCUCGGAGCCCAACGGGAACAUUACGCACUACCUGGUGUACUGGCAGCAGCAGUCUGAGGACAGCGAGCUGUACGAGCUCGAUUACUGCCUGAAGGGUUUAAAAUUGCCCUCAAGGACGUGGUCUCCCCCUUUUGAGUCUGAAGACCCUCAGAAAUACAAUCAAAGCGAAAGCGAGGAGGUCAGCGGGGAGUGCUGCUCCUGCCCGAAGACGGACUCUCAGAUCCAGAAGGAGCUGGAGGAGUCUGCCUUCCGCAAGACGUUCGAGAACUAUCUGCACAACGAGGUCUUCGUCCCCAGAAAAAUAACGUCAGGGAAUGGAGCCGAGUACUCCAGGCCGUCGAGAAAGCGGAGAGACCUUGGCACUGUGGCAAAUGCCACUGUGGUGAUGCCCACCAUCACCUUCUCACCAAACACCUCUGCUGCAGCCUCUGGGAACACGGAGGAGCAGAAGCCUUUUGAGAAAGUGAUGUUUAAGGAGUCCACGGUUAUCUCAGGUCUGCGGCAUUUUACCGGGUAUCGCAUCGAACUGCAUGCUUGUAACCACGAUGCCCAGGAGUCCCGGUGCAGUGUCGCAGCCUAUGUCAGUGCCAGAACCAUGCCGGAAGCUAAAGCAGAUGACAUCGUGGGUCCAGUGAGCCAUGAGCUGGUGGAAAAAAAUGCUGUUCAUCUGAAGUGGCAGGAGCCAAAGGAGCCAAAUGGACUGAUCGUGCUGUAUGAAGUGAAUUAUGGACGUCUUGGGGAAUCGGAGGAAGCGCACUACUGUGUCUCCCGUAAGCAGUUUGCCAGUGAGCAGGGCUGUAAACUGCGUGCGCUACAGCCUGGUAACUACAGCGUCCGGGUCCGAGCCACCUCGCUGGCAGGCAACGGGUCGUGGACGGAGCCGACUUACUUCUACGUGGCUGACUAUUUGAAUGCUCAGCCUAAUAUCGCCGUUAUUGUUGUCCCGAUCAUUUUUGCCUCGAUAAUUAUUGGAGCUAUCGGCAUUGUGUACGUGCUUGUGAAGAAGAGACAAACCGAAGGACCAACUGGGCCUCUCUACGCUUCUUCUAACCCAGAGUACCUCAGCGCCAGCGACGUUUAUGUCCCCGAUGAAUGGGAAGUGGCCCGAGACAAGAUUGCCCUCCUCCGUGAGCUGGGUCAAGGCUCCUUUGGGAUGGUGUAUGAAGGGAUCGCCAAAGACAUCGUGAAAGGGGAGCCUGAGACGCGGGUCGCCGUGAAAACUGUGAACGAAUCUGCCAGCCUUCGGGAGCGCAUCGAGUUCCUGAACGAAGCUUCAGUCAUGAAAGGGUUCAGUUGCCAUCACGUGGUGCGUCUCCUAGGGGUGGUCUCCAAAGGCCAGCCUACGCUGGUUGUCAUGGAGCUGAUGGCACAUGGGGAUAUGAAAAGCUACCUGCGUUCCCUGAGACCCGAUGCUGAGAAUAACCCUGGCCGUCCCCCACCAACUCUCAGGGAGAUGAUACAGAUGGCUGCAGAGAUUGCUGAUGGUAUGGCUUAUCUGAAUGCCAAAAAAUUUGUCCACCGAGACCUGGCAGCUCGUAAUUGCAUGGUUGCAGAAGACUUUACUGUAAAAAUUGGAGACUUCGGCAUGACCAGAGACAUCUACGAGACCGAUUAUUACCGUAAGGGUGGCAAAGGACUGCUGCCCGUGAGGUGGAUGGCGCCCGAGUCGCUGAAGGAUGGUGUCUUUACUACUUACUCAGAUGUGUGGUCAUUCGGAGUUGUCCUUUGGGAGAUAAGUAGCUUGGCAGAGCAGCCGUACCAGGGACUGUCCAAUGAACAGGUGCUAAAAUUUGUAAUGGAUGGAGGGUACCUGGAUCAGCCAGACAACUGUCCGGAGCGACUGCACAGCCUGAUGCAGAUGUGCUGGCAGUACAACCCCAGGAUGCGCCCCACCUUUAUUGAGAUCAUUGAGAUGCUGAAGGAGGACCUCCACCCCAGCUUCCAGGAGGUCUCAUUCUUCUACAGUGAAGAAAAUAAACCUCCGGACACCGAGGAGUUUGAGAUGGACUUUGAGAACAUGGAGAGCAUUCCCCUGGACCCCUCGUCCUACUCGCAGAGGGACAAAGUCCUGGGGCGGGACAAUGGGCCCUCCAUGGGCCUCAAGGGGAACUACGAAGAGCACAUACCUUACACUCACAUGAACGGCGGCAAGAAAAACGGGCGGAUUCUCUCCAUGCCUCGGUCAAGCCCCUCCUAACACUUUCUGUUCAGCCCAAGGGUUGUGUCAACGCUUUUUCCCCUCCACAGAUCUCAGGACUCUUGUUGUUGCUGCCACAGUGCAUGACACGCAUCUACAAACUCUUUCUUCAGAUUUUUAAUCAUCCUGCGAAUAAGAGACUUUUUUUUUUUUGCCAAGUUGACUGGUUGUCGGACUUAUCUGUGAACAUAAAUGGAAAAGGUUUCCAUGGCUGCUGUUCCUUCUGUAACCAUAGUUUCAAAACAGGAAGCGACCUUGUCAGUCGGGUUAAAAGAAGGGGGAUUUGCGUUUGCCAGCAAAAGAGAUGAGCGUUGCUGGUAUCCGAACCGCGUGGUUACAGCGCAGAAGGAAGCUUCUUCAGGACAAACGCUCUCCGCAGAAUUCCAGGGUCUCCGGCAUCUUCACUACGGCCGAAGGAUUUGAACACCCGUCAGUUGGACGCGCCAUAUCCUCAGAUUGACCAAUAGCUGCUGCUUUCAUACUCUUCAAUGGGUGAAAUCCCAUGUGCGUGUGUGCGUGUGUUUGUGUAUGUGUGCGUAUGCCGUAUAUACAUGUGGGGUGCAUAUGUAUUAAGAUAUACACUUCUUUUUGUACAUAAGUUUUGUAUGUUCUCAUAGAAGCUUUCCUGUUCUUGUAAGUGUGUACUCCUCUUUUUCCCAGUUCCCUGGAGUGAGUGAACCCUAAACAGAUUAUUUUUAUACUAAGGACACUUGGGAGUAGCUUCUUCUCUCAUUAGCAGAUGAGGAAGAUAUGCUGGGAGCCAAAGGACUACAAGUCUGAGUUUUGUGGAUUCUUUCAAGACCAAACAAAGCAGGAGCCCCCUGACCUGAGAGAUCAAGCUUUCUGUCCUUGCAGCAUUAAGUAUAUAUAUUGUUUGCUGUAAUAUAUUUAAAAUGUUUUCUUUCAUUCUUUUCCUCUUCCUUUUCCUUUUUUUUUUUUUUUUUUUUUAGGGUUUAAAUGUUAAGCUCAUAUAAAUUAUUAUUAUGAUCCUUUGCGGGGGAGAAUUGGGGGUUGGUUUGUUUGGUCUUAAAGUGGUCCAAGGAUUUCAGAAUGAACUAAUUUUAGCUGAUUACUCUCUGAGGAACUAUGAAGCACAUGUUAAGUUUGUACUUGACAAGGCUUUAAACUACAGUUUUGUGAUUUAUAUAACACAGUCAGCUGGCUCCAGCUAAAGCCCUGAGAUAAAGUAGUUUGGACUUGACUUGGUUGGCGGCAGCCGACAGACGUCAAAGCGCUGCCUCCCAGUCCUCUGCUCUGCUGCUUCCUGACUUCCACCUCACUUCACCUUCCGUGCGCACUUUCCCAGCGACGUUGGAGAAAACCCGCGACAGGUGGAAGAGCAAAAACUCUAACAGGAAAAGACACUAACCCGCCCCGGGGGAACGGGGAGUGCUCAGCGCUCCGCAAGCGAAGCCGCCGUUGAACCCAGCCGCGGCGAGCCAGCCUCUGCCUGCCGCCUGCGUGGGCGCCUGGCCUGGGCCAGCAAGCGGACCUUUGGUGUUUUCUGAGAUACCUGCGCCGUGCCUUGCAAGCCGGUCAGGGCUGCUGCGUUGUUAGCCGAUGCCUUCAGCUCUCAGGAUGCUGACUGUUGUCUUUCAGACUGUGCUGUGUUUUGCUGCUCGUUGCAUAACGGGCAGGGCUGCUAGCGUAGGGUGUCGGACUGCGCGCGUCUCGUGUGCUGGCAGGGAAAAGCUCUGAAGCCGAGGGGCGCAAAUGCAUUGCUGAGCUAAAGCAGCAGGUGCCCUGGCUGCGGCAGGCCGUGCUAGUGCAGGAGAGCGGUGCGUGAGGAGGAGAGAAGGCUGUGCUCGGCCGCUCCUUCUGCAAGGUCUGGGAGCUGCGGCCGAGAGUGGCGCCGCUCUGUGCCAUGUGCUGCGAGUGGGGCUUUCCCUGGCUCGGCUGGGAGGGGUGCCAGGCAUGGAGGGGUGCUGCUUUGUGAGCCCGCCUGGGCGCUGCCGCUUCGCACUUUCCACAUCCGAUAAAGCAAGUGUUGAAAACAGAGCAGGGGAUGGAGCGAAUGGGGGUGCUUUUGCUUUGACCCCUGGCUGCCAAAGCCAGACCGUAGCUAAGCUUGUGAGGGCAGCGCCUAGAGAGCGUUACGGACUUCGGCGCGCCAGGGAGAAGGAACAGCAGCCCCUCGUGCUUCUUGCGCCCCAGCCUGUUGCGACAGAGGGAGAAGGUACAAACUGCGCAAAAUGUAUGGUGUAAAUACCAGACAAGCAGUUUCUGUUUCAAGAGGCCUAGCUGACACUUCUUGGGCUGUACAGCUAGUGACUGUCUAGCAGCUCUACACUACACUGCAGGAAACAAAAGCUAUCCUCACACUUUUCUAAUGGAGAGAUUUUCUUAUUAGGAAUUUUUUAUUUAUUUUAAUAUAUAAAUCGCUGUAAAAACAAACCAUUUGCUUUCUUAAAACACACAGAACAUUUAAAUUUUUAUCAAUGACAACUAGGCAGGAGGAAGUUGUGGGAUUUUUCUGUCCUGUUCUGGCGCUGUCUACCUCAGUGUCUCGUAAGGAUAUUUUUUUAAUGCCAUGCAUCUCUAGACUUGAUGAAAUAUUCUGGUCUGGACCUAUUGUGAAUCAGGGAAAAUCCAGUAUCAGCUGAUUCCAAUACUAGGGACCAUUUACCAGAGGGCUGGGAGGACAGCUUGUCAUUAUUUACCACCUGAUUUAAGCAGUAGUGACCAAAGACGCUCUGUGGCUCCAGGUACACCGUGGCUGAUCUGAAUCUCAUGCGGUAUCCAGCGUUCUGCUGUAAUCAGGAACUUGCCCCUUUAGGGACAGAGUUGGUCUCCAAGGUGUUGGACAUUAAGUACGUGGGCUCUCUCUGAAGUCACAGCCUGAGGAGGAGCGGGUGGUGUGUUCUUGGAAGUGUGGACAGAGGUUAACGACCUGAUAGACUAGUCUGAGUCAGACAUCAAGGAUCUCGGCUCGCCCCGGUGCGGCUGUGGGGUGCGUGCGCACAGGGUGCAGUCCCUGCAGCGCUCCGGCCGGAUCCUUACGCUUCAGAAUCGCAGCGGCCGUAGCCGGGGGCAGGAGAAGACCCGUUACGCAGGCGGACGCUGGAACCUGUGUUGUACCUAGCUUGCUUUCCCUGGUGCUGCUCGGCCCUGCACAGCACACCUGGCAGCGCCCAGCUCGCCGAAGGGCAAUGUGUUCUGCUUUGGCCGGGCUUUCUCUUUGCUCGGUGCCUCUGUGAGCUCCUCCAGGCAUCUUCGCGUGGUGCCGGAUCGGGCGGUGGCUAGCGCUGGGGUGCUGCGCGUAUGCCAUCGGUGGUGGCUGUGGGGAUGAGGGAGGAGGAAGGGGGUGGCGCCUGGUUUCUACGCAUGCUUUUGUGCAGGGGGAAGCACAACUAAAAAGCCUCUGGCAAUCCCAGGUCUUUGCUGGAAAACCCUUCACUUCCAGCCCACUGUGACAAGCUUGUCCCUGCCUUUCCCCGAGUCCAUGCUGGGGUUGGAAGGAGCCCUGAAGGGAGGCCUCCCCAGUGGGACAAGCCUGUCAGUGGGUGGGGGGCCUGCGCGUGCUGGACAGAAGCUUCCCUGUGUUCAUCGUCUGCCUGCAGAAAGAAAGGUGCUGCGUGGCAGUCGGCUCGGCCUUUCUUCUUGGGAGAUGCUGCUGUCUGCGGUUUGGACCAGAGCUGACAGCCCUGGGACUGCCGCGGUCGUCCGCCCCGCGCUGCAGGGGGGCCCUGCCCGAGCGGCGAGAAGGCCCGGGGUGGAGGAGCAGGGCUCUGGCAGGGUGGCUGCAGCGCGCUGCUCGGGAGACCUCUCUGCUUUCCCAAAGCAGCAGCACCAGCUGCCGCUGAUGCCUGGAGCCCUGCGACCGACUGCCUUGGAGGGGCUGUCGAAGCGUGGGAGGCUGGGUCCUCUUCCAGCGCUCCUGUGAAUCUGGCCCGGGGCCUCGUGUUGUGAAGAGGAGGGUUUUGCUGCCCCCUGCCGCGUAACUCGACGUCCAAAGCUAGUGAAGCAGAACAUACAAGCCGGGCAUCCGCGCCUGCUGCCUUCCCUACGCAGGUGCAGGAGCCUGCGAGUGGGCAGGUGUCUCGGUAGCUUCUCCCGAAGGUCCCUUGCAAAGCUGGUGGCACUUCUUUUGCAAGACAGUGCACCUUGCGCUGCUCUCUGCUGCAAAGCUUGUCUGCUAGGCUCAGAAAAGUGUUUCUUGCGGCGGCUUGUAAAUAAGUAGUCUGUGGUGUUGUAGGGUAGAAGAGCCCAUGGCUGCAUGCUCCAUGCCAGCGUGUGACGUGAACUAGACCAAGCUGCAGCAAGACCUUUCUUAUGCUAAGUAGCGAAGCACCUACAUUGGCAAGGAAACAGGCUGCUGUCAGGUUGCUGAAGGGUACUCUGGAUUAUGGGUAGCGUAUCUCUUUCCUCCUAAACGUGUAUUAUAGUAACGGGACACCGCUUAAUUUUUGUGUGUUGCCUGUGAUGUUGGUAUCUCUUUGGAAAACCUCAAAGUGGCUCCCCACGGUGCUCGUGUGGAACCUGAUGGAGGCAUCUGGGAAAAGAGACGGGAGUGAGGCAGAUCCUGUGCCAGUUAUCCUCGAGCCUGCUUUUCAUCGGGGAGGGGAAGAGGCAAGCAGGGUCCCUCUUGCAUGUCCCUGGGCGUGAAGAUGGGGCCGAGCCCUUCGCCACGGCGGCUUUCAAGUAGGCGAGUGAGUCCUGAUGUGGAGACUGGAGCCUUCUUUUACGAGUCAGAAAUUAAACCAAAAUCUUUGUGCCAUAAAAACGUUUAGUAAAGAGGCUUAUGCUGGGAACUGGGUCAGUCCGUGUGAGCCGGGCUGAGACUGCUGCGUCUGGAGCGACAGCAGAGGGACUGCGGUGAAACCGUUGAUCCUCUUGCUGUUUCCUAGCCCCGCUAAACCUCUCUUCUGAAUACGUGGAGCCGAGGAGGGCAUGGUUUGUGCCGUGACCUUGCUGCCUUUGACAACACGCCUAGUGCCCUGGCGGUUUCCGAUGAGCAGUGUCCAGGGAAAGGAGCUGUUGAAUGGAUUGGGAUUGAGGCAUACUAACUUCAACGCGUGAAAUCUCUGAGAUAAGAUGAGUUAUUUCUAGGAACAUAAAUUAAAAUUGGCCUUUUUAUUAUCUUCUGCUUGGCUCGAUGUUGACUCUGCUUGGAUAAUGUCCACAAAUAUCGAUGUAAGAGCAUUCAUGUGCUUCACCCUGCUCCGGUUUGGCUUGCCUUGUCACGAACCUCUUAGGAGUGAGGCUGACGGUAAAUCUGCCCUUUGGAGGAGUUUGCUUUUUUGCAAGCCAUUAUAAACAGGACUGCCACGUCUGAUGCAGUGAAGUGGAUGUUUCACUCUUAAAAUCAGCCCACUUUGUUCCUCCAGGAACAAGCAUCAGCCUUGCAGUCCAGCAGAAUACCUGCAGCGCAGGGCAAGCCGGAAGAGGACAGGUGGAGAAACGGAGAUUUAUUUUUAAAUGUUGUAGGAUUAAGUUAAUACUAACUUGAGCAGUGUUUAUAUUUCGCCAGAAUAGUUGGAGUCAGCAAGAAAACUAUUUCUGAUGGUUCUUUUUUUUGUUCCAAGGUCUGUAAAUCGCCCCAUUUCACUUGUUCUGGAAAAUCAUGGUUGAAACACUGUGGCCCAGGCUUAGGGAUGCUCCGGACUCCGGUGGUCCCACGGGCCUCAGUGGAAAUAAUUGCAAGCUUAAAUUUAGGCAUGUGCUUGAGCAACUAACUGAACUGUAUCCGGUGGUAGGACCUCCACUCCCCAUUUACUAAGAUGCUGAAAUAUUUCAUGGUAUCAUCAGCAGGAAAAUACAGGUUGAAACUGGUAAAGGUUUACUGGGCUAGGAGGUCCCCAGUGUCUCUGACAUGCUGUCCCGCUUGUCACCAGAUCACUCGUACUGCACUCGAAUUCUUCCAGCAGCACCAGUUACCUUCCACGACACCAGUUACCAAACACAUGCCCCGGCCCGGACUCCGCAGACAAGAGCUGGUGGAGUUUGUGGAAGGGCCGCGCUCAGCUUUGAAGGCUGAAUGAAAACGUUAAAAAGCUAAAAGGAAAACGUUAGCUUUAUUUGGGGUGAAGACUAGAUUUGUUGAAGUAUCAGCACAGUGCCUUGUGUUCGAGGCAUCCCGUUGCGGUGGGACCGGACGGCAUCCUUAUCAAGGCAGCCAAAGGCAAACGCUGUUUGUACCGUAAAUAAGCUAAAGGCAAGUUCAGUUGCGUGUUAGGUAAAGCUCUGUAAAGUCUGUAUUUUUUUCUAUAUUUAAUCUUGCUGCUCCUGCCUUCCUCUCUGCACACAGAAGGUCCCAGGAUGCUGAUAGUCUUGCAGAUACCUCUUGUUUGAAAUAAUAAAUAAGUAAAGGAUCAAAAUGUGCCAUGGUUUUAAACAAAAAAAACAACAAAAAACAAAAAAAAAAAGCUUGAUUUAUUUUUCAAUGUUUUCAUAAAAGAGCCAAGCAGUGACAUGUACAGAAGAUAUCUUUGAAUAUUAAAUCUUGCUGUGUGUAAAAUAUUGAACAAUUAACUGUUUAUAUUAAAAUUCUGAAUAUAUUAAAAUUCUGAAUAAAUUAUCCAGGAAUAGCC